UCCGGAGAGGCGGCAGCCGCGCCUCGUCUCGCCGCUCCCCCGCUUUCCCCUCUGCCCUCGGCGCCGUCUCUCGGCGCGGCCCUCCCUCCGUUCCUCCCUCCCUCCCUCCGCCGCCGGCCGGGGGGCUGCGGCGGCCGGCGCUGCCAUGGGGCUGCCCACGCUGGAGUUCAGCGACUCCUACUUGGACAGCCCGGAUUUCAGGGAGCGCCUCAAGUGUCACGAGAUCGAGCUGGAGAGGACGAACAAGUUCAUCAAGGAGCUGAUUAAGGACGGAAGCCUCCUGAUCGGGGCCCUGCGAAAUUUAUCCAUGGCAGUACAAAAAUUUUCACAGUCUUUACAAGAUUUUCAGUUUGAGUGUAUUGGAGAUGCUGAAACUGAUGAUGAAAUUAAUAUUGCCCAGUCAUUGAAGGAGUUUGCUCGGCUCCUGAUUGCUGUUGAAGAGGAGAGAAGACGACUGAUCCAGAAUGCUAAUGAUGUGCUAAUAGCACCGCUGGAGAAGUUUCGAAAAGAGCAAAUAGGAGCAGCAAAAGAUGGGAAGAAGAAAUUUGACAAGGAAAGUGAGAAAUAUUAUUCGAUCUUAGAGAAGCACUUAAAUUUGUCAGCCAAGAAGAAAGAAUCUCAUUUGCAAGAUGCAGAUACACAGAUUGACAGAGAACAUCAAAACUUCUAUGAAGCAUCAUUAGAAUAUGUUUUUAAAAUCCAAGAAGUGCAAGAGAAAAAGAAAUUUGAAUUUGUAGAACCCCUCUUGGCCUUUCUUCAAGGAUUAUUUACAUUUUACCAUGAAGGAUAUGAACUGGCUCAGGAGUUUGCACCAUACAAGCAGCAACUGCAGUUCAAUUUGCAGAAUACUCGGAAUAACUUUGAAAGCACUAGGCAGGAGGUGGAGAGACUCAUGCAGAGAAUGAAAUCAGCCAACCAAGAUUACAGACCACCAAGUCAAUGGACAAUGGAAGGCUACCUCUAUGUGCAGGAGAAACGACCCCUUGGAUUUACAUGGGUAAAACAUUACUGCACUUACGACAAAGGAACAAAAACUUUUACAAUGUGUAUAGCUGAAACAAAAUCGGGUGGAAAAGUGAAUGGCCUUGUCACAAGCUCACCAGAAAUGUUCAAGCUAAAAUCUUGCAUCAGGAGAAAGACAGAUUCAAUUGACAAACGUUUCUGUUUCGAUAUUGAAGUAUUUGAGAGGCCUGGAAUCAUCACACUACAAGCUUUUUCAGAAUCCAACCGAAAACUUUGGCUUGAAGCUAUGGAUGGAAAGGAACCAAUCUACACACUGCCAGCCAUUAUUAGCAAGAAGGAGGAAAUGUUCUUAAAUGAAGCGGGUUUCAACUUUGUGAGGAAAUGUAUUCAUGCUGUGGAAACAAGAGGUAUUACAAUCCUGGGGCUGUACAGAAUAGGUGGUGUAAAUUCCAAGGUGCAAAAGCUGAUGAAUACCAUAUUUUCUCCUAAAUCACCUCCUGAUAUGGAUAUUGAUAUGGAAAUUUGGGACAAUAAAACAAUAACAAGUGGACUAAAAAACUACCUCAGGUGUCUUUCAGAACCACUGAUGACUUUCAGGCUGCACAAAGAUUUCAUUGUUGCUGUUAAGUCGGAUGAUCAGAACUACAGAGUUGAAGCAGUGCAUGCACUUGUGCAUAAAUUACCAGAGAAGAACAGAGAGAUGCUGGACAUCCUUAUUAAGCACUUGGUCAAGGUAUCAUUGCACAGUCAACAAAAUCUAAUGACUGUAUCCAACCUUGGUGUUAUCUUUGGACCAACUCUGAUGAGAGCACAAGAAGAAACCGUGGCUGCUAUGAUGAACAUUAAAUUUCAGAAUAUCGUCGUUGAAAUUCUGAUAGAGCAUUAUGAAAAGAUAUUUCACACAGCACCAGACCCCAAUAUUCCUCUUCCCCAGCCUCAGUCCCGAUCGAGCUCAAGAAGAACAAGAGCAAUUUGUCUCUCCACAGGCUCACGUAAACCCAAAGGAAGGUACACACCAUGUCUAGCAGAUCCUGACAGUGACUCAUACAGCAGUAGCCCCGACAGCACUCCCAUGGGCAGCAUCGAAUCUCUGUCUUCUCACUCCUCAGAGCAGAACAGCACCACCAAGUGCACGCCCUCACAGCCAAGGGAGAAAUCGGGAGGGAUUCCAUGGAUUGCCUCUCCUGCUUCUUCUAAUGGCCAGAAAAGUUCAGGCCUGUGGACUACAAGUCCAGAAUCCUCAUCAAAGGAGGAUGCAACCAAAACAGAUGUGGAAUCAGACUGCCAAAGUGUAGCUUCUGUCACUGGAACAGAAAAUGCCUCUCCACCAACAGACCUGACCAAAAAGAGUUCCUACAGUCUGUCUGGACUGAAAAGGUCUUCAGCAUCUUCCCUUAGAUCCAUUCCAUCAGCUGAAGGUAACAAAAGCUGCAGUGGAUCCAUACAGAGCUUAUCUUCAACAGAUACCAAAGAUACACUAAAGGCUCCACCAAACCCUGAUUUGCCUCCCAAAAUGUGCAGGAGAUUAAGAUUAGAUACUGCAUCAAGUAAUGGCUAUCAAAGACCAGGAUCUGUAGUGGCUGCAAGAGCACAGUUGUUUGAAAGUGCUGGUUCACUUAAACAGGUUUCUUCAGGACGACAAGCAAAAGCCAUGUAUUCCUGUAAGGCUGAGCAUAGUCAUGAGCUGUCUUUCCCACAGGGGGCAAUAUUUUCUAAUGUGUAUCCAUCAGUGGAACCAGGCUGGUUAAAGGCAACUUAUGAAGGGAAAACGGGACUAGUUCCUGAGAAUUAUGUUGUCUUCCUCUAGUAAUCUUUAGUGGACAGCAAUAUCUUCAUGGUAUCCAUGGUAACAAAUAAUAAGCACUAUGAUUUUUAUCUGACACAGAUAUGGGAUCAGCCCCUUAGCUGAGUGGUAGAUUUCCUUCAGAUGCUGCAGCUGCAGGUUACAGAGCUCCCUGCCAACGGAACAGAAUGUGAUGAAACAGUUAACAGUUUCUGUGCUGAGGAUGGUACUCGCUUUAAGUAACUUCCAUUGUUUGCAAAAGGUUGUUCUGUUCUUCUUUUAUGGGUAAGGAACACUAGAGCAAUAAAAUUUUUUUUAAAAAUUGCUAUUUAGCUGCAGACUUUCAGGUCCGAGGAUGUUGCUCACAGAAAUGUGAAAUUUAGAGGCAAUGCACUCUGACAUUUCUUAUAAUCUAUGAUUUUUAAUAUGGAAAAUCGUGGACUUUUUCAUAAUGUAAGUACUGCUUCUAUUGUGAUCUGAAUUCUCCCUUAGAAAACUUGAUUCUGAAACUGAUCCUAAUCAUUUCAAAUAAGAAAUGACUUUACCAUAAAUCAGAAGUUGUGACUUCUGUUAGUCAUUGAGCUACAAUAUAGUAUAGAAUUUAUACAGCUGAUACUAUCAGUUUAUACACUGCCUGUGCAGCGAGUGCUCAUUCAAAAUGUGAUAUGUUUAAUGAAUGUUUCAUUCAAAUACUUAGUAGAUUUCUUUCGUACUUUCUGUAUCAGCAUAGAUAAUAUUAACAACUUUUAUUUCUAUGAUAAUCAUCAUCUGGAAAAUAUUCUCUCUGUGUCCCAGAACAUCUGUAGAAAACAAGGAGAUGCUGAAUCUGGACUGAUUGGUAGUCAUGUGAAGUGAGCAGUAAAAAAAAACAAUAUGUUUUGAAACCUGAGAUAAAUUGUAACUCAUUCUUUUUCCAUUGAAAUUAAGACAAAUGACCUGUGAACUAGCCAAUUUUAUAAGCUAUUAAUGCUAAAAGCUCAAUGUAGCAAUUAAAUUACUUAGUGUUAUUUCUCUGACUUCUGGUAAAAGAUUUGACAAAGAUUCUCUUUUCAUAGAAUAAAAAAUCCUUACUUUUCAAAGGUGUUGUAAAGAUCUAUUGAUUGCUCCUGGUAGGAGUGAAAACAAAAAAAUAAAUAAAUAAAACCAAGUCGAAGAAAACCCCUGAAACCAUAAGUGGCUUUCUCAAUCAGAGCAGUUUUCUUGUAUACCUUAAGGGAAAACAUGCACUGCUUGCUUAGCUACUUACCAUUCCUGAUUGAAAACUGUGACAUUUAACUUCCAUCUUAGUAUUUCUUCAACACCAGUGCUUCCAAAAGAAUUCACUGGUUCAUAGAACUAUCUAGGCUUAGUUCCAUAGAUCUGUCAAAGCUCAGUUCUUUCUUCAGUUGCAGAAAUCAAAAUACAAACCAUCUGUUGAUUUCCAACUUGUACCCUCCUUGAAGAAAGUUUAAAGAAGAACUGCUGUUUAAGGCUAAAAACAUCAGUAAUUUUUUACCUGCUGCUUUUUUCUUUCCAUAGCCUUUCUCUUGUUUAAAUUGAAAAGUAAGAUUCAUUGCCAACACAAAGAAGCACAACAGAACUUUAUUUACUUAUAUGUAGGGCGUGAAUUCUUCAGAGCAAUUGCUGGAUUUCAGGCCGGUGGCAGAGCCCUGCAGGAUCUUCUAAUUCAAGUAUUGAGUGAUGAUCAGAGAAAGAGAGAGGCUCGAAGAACAUGCUGCCAAAAAUGGUCUUUUCAUAGGGGGAGUCUGAGCAAGACUGGCUGCAGGCAGUUGAUGACAGACCCCAUGCAUUAGUGACUGAAUGCCCUGGGUUUUUUCUUCACCCUAAACAGUUUUAUUAAUCCCAAAACAUGUUUCACUUCAUCUUAAAUCCAGACUGUGCCCAGUGCAUUGUGAUGAAGGGUUGUUCCAAAUGGCACUGGUAGUGAAGGCAGACAAGGGUGUGCUCAUCUAAUUUGCCCAGAGCAGAAGUGAAAGGAAGUAAGGUCUUUCCUCAGCCAGUUGAAUCUUGCUUCAUUUUAAGGCAAACCAAGUUUGCUUAGUCUAACCUAUGCCUAAGACUGCCUUUUCCCUGAGAAGACCAACAUGAUUUUGGUUGUUUUUUUGCUGUAUUUCACAAUCAAAAAACUAUAGGCUGCCAAAAGGUUUGCCUCUGGUGACCUUCCCAGGAGAAAUGUUGCUGCAGGCCAAAAGUAGCAGAAAGGGAAGCAGAACUUUGAGCAGGGGCUGGGAGCCCAACGCGUCUCACACAGGCAGAAAAAAUGCAGUGGUCAGGGGAAAAAAUCCAGGGAAAAAAUCCUAGCCUCUGUCUCUUGCAUGGGGUCAGUAGCAAACCUGUAUUGAACAUCCUUUGAUGACUCCUCAUACUUCUUAAGAGCAAUUUAAUUGUUGUGAAAUUCUUGAGGAAUUGUGAAAUAGAAAACGUAAAAAAUGUUUGCUCUUACUUGCUUUGUUCUAGCCUGAUUUAAAAAUAAGUGGGAAAAGAAACCCCUAAGCUUAGGUAGUUUCACAUCCCUUGUAUGUCUCUCACAAUUCUCCAGUAUUGUGUUUUGAAAGCAGCUGAUCUGAGUACAAGCUAGAGAAGUCAAAGAUGCUUAUUUCAUCUUGUAGAAAUAAAGAAGUCAAAGAUGUUCAUUAAAAAUUUUGUCAAACUGCCAAAUUCAGUUACAGAUUAAUUAAGUAGAGCCUGUGAAGGCUGAGGGGAAGGUUGUAGAAAGACCUGGAGGAAUCCCUGUGGAGGAGAGGUGUUUCAUGUGUUCCCACACAUUCAUCUCACAUUAGACCAAAAUUGGGAUUGGAGAAGACAACUUUAUAAGAAACUGGACUCCAUUCAUGUGCUGCUCACAAAACAAAUCUGUAUUUUCCUCUCUAAUGCUCUGCAGCUUUUUCAUGUGUCACAAAACAAAUCUGUAUUUUCCUCUCUAAUGCUCUGCAGUUUUGUCAGGCCCUUUUCCAAACUAGCCAUUAAUAAUUUUCAAGUAAUUUACCUUUAAAAUGGCAUUUCCAUCUGAAAAAUGUGAUGCCUAUUCUUACUUACAGUUAGCCACUCACUCUCCAGGAGUAGGGAUUUUCAUUUUGGGAACUCUGUGCUUUUUCUUGUACUCUCCUCUGCAGCACAAAGUAGCACUUUCUGUAUGGUCUCACUGCUGGGUUGUGGGUGCCCCAGCCCUUCCCUGCCUUUCAAGAGGGAGUUUGUCUCUACAAGGAGCUGAACAGUGAACCAGAAAGCAGAGUAAAGUAGGGGUGCAGAGACCGAAGUGGGGUAGGGGGCAGCACCAAAGCUUCUCUAAUGAUGAUACUCUCAGGCCUGACCAAAAAUCUUUUCCGACAAUAGCAAAGAAUCAGAAAUCCAUAUAACAUGUAAGUGGAGAUAUAAUGUUUUGAUAAUGACUUACCAGAAAAUUAGGCAAUCUGAACUAAAUUAGCUCAUAGUAGUGAUUUACUAUUCUUCAUGGAAAUCAGACUCACUCUACAAGCAAAAGUUAAACACUUUUUAAAAUUAUUAUUAAUAAUAUUAUUAUUAUUACUACUAUCCUUCUUAAAAGGAUGCAGCAGGUUUGUUCCUAAUAUCACGUAGAAUUCAAGGUAGAUGAUACAUUGUUGUUGUUGUUUGUCUUGUGAAAAUAAUGUCUGUACCCACAACAUAUAAUUAGGCAUGUUUUUUCUUUGUUAAACCUUUUGAUACAUGUUGCAGCACAACAUGAAUCAAACUAAUAGUGUGAAGGAUAUAUUGUAUGAUAAAUAUGUAAAGUAUAUUAAUAUUCUAUAUUCACACUUUUUAUUAAUGAUGAUAAAGAUUACUUUUUUUGAGUGUAAUUCCUGUGAGUUCAGUAUUAAAAUGUCCUUGCCAUGUUUUGGCAUUUAGAUUUAUAUGUAAUAAAACUGUUAAAUUAAACCAUCGUUAUCACUUAUAUCCCUAACUAAUCUAUAAUAUUCAUUGUAUAAUUAUUUCUGGAAAAAAAAUGCACAGAUUUCCUGACCAGCACUAUUCUAUGAUAGUGAUAGUAACUUAUUUUCCUUUUAUAUAUUUUCUGGUGCUAAUCUCUGUUCUUUGCCUAUAAUUGGAUUGAAUUGUAAUGUGCCUUUAGGAAAGACAUGUUAGGAGAGGAAAAGCUGUACAAUUCUACAGUUCAGAGCAGUAAUUACAACAACAAAAAAAGCACUGUAUGGCAGUAAUUGGAUUUUUUUUUUGUUAACUUUUCUCCCCUGGCCUAUUUUAUACUUAAUAAGAUUGCAUCAGAAUAAAUAAUGAAACUAAAAAGCACAAUUUUGGCUUGAGCAGCAAGAAGAGAAAUCCCAGUUGAGGAUCACAUCCUCCAGACUGGGAUGGGUCUUCUCCGCUGAUGGAAACUCUCAAUGUUCUAGUGGAGUCAAAGACAGACCUUUGGCAAUUUAUAGUGAAGUUUUGUUGGCCAGAAGCCCCUAGAAAGGAGAUGGAACAUUAUCCAUGAUUCUGCUUGGCGUUGUCCUUUCUUUCAGCAGAGAGGCCUGGGUGAAUUGUUCAGUGGCCAGAGAUCAAAGGCAGAGACAACCUUGGUCUCUCUCUGGCUGGUCUCAGAGGCCUGAAGAUGGUGCUGCUGCUGCAGCCCAUCCAGCUCCUGCUCCUGCUAAAGUCCACUGUCAGUCAGGCUGUGUCUGUACCUAUUGGGAGGUCUCUUCUCUUUUGGUUUAAGAUUUUGCAUGGGCUUUGGGAGUUUGCUUUGUUUUGAUUUAAUAAGGUGCUUGGUAUCCUAAUUCAGUCACUGAGGAUCAUAUUGGUUCUUUAAUUGUCCUGUGUGUGGCAGUGUUUAAUAAACCAUGGGAUUAUUCUUCUUGUUUUAAGUGUAGAGCACAGUGCUCCAACCCUUGGACGCCUCAGCUGAAAGCUGGUUUGCCUCUGAGCUUUCUUCAAGUGUUUUAUUGGGAAUUGUCAUCAAAGCUCUGGCACUAAAGAUAGCACCAUAAUCUCUGCAAGAGUUUCUCUUGGAGCAAAGGGCAGAACAGCUGAACAGGGCACAUGGAUAGUUUCAAUUUUCAAUCAUAUUUAUGGCAAUUCUGGAGGUAUUAGAGUUUAUAGGGGUUACUUUAGAUACUAUGUGGUAUUUUAAUAGGAAAAUAUAUACAAUCAAUAACUAUAUCUAUUUAAUAAAGUCUUACUAAAUUAUCUUAUUGAACUCUCUGUUUAUUUUGUAGUGUGGUUUCAGUAAUUAUCUGCACUCUGUAUAUAUUUACAUGUAAAUAGCUAGCAUGACAUGCAUAAGCUGACUGCAGACAUAAUUCUAUGUUGUACUUUACACUGUAUUUCAAAAAUUUGAAAAAAUGUUUUUCAAAAUAAAAAUCCUUUAUACACAAA